UCGCUUUCUUGGAUGCUGCAUGCUUUGACGGUGUUACAGGGAUACACCGUGAGAUGAUGGUUACAGCUGGUGCUCGUACCAGAAAACCUCACUGCCCAACUGUCUAGAGGACAUUGUCCUAAUCGUGGCAAGAAUGCCCGGGGUACCGUCAAACAAGGCCUGUGAGCGUUGUAAAAAGCGGCAUCUGAAAUGUGACGAGACUCGUCCGCACUGUCAACGUUGCAGCACUGCUGGCGUUCAAUGCCCCGGCUAUGUUCAGACUCGAAAGUUCAUAGAUCAGGGUGCCUCGGUACGGCGUCGAUAUGCGCCUUACCAAGACGGCAGCUUCCGGCCGCAUGCACCCAAAACCCCCGAGGAUGUAGCUAACGACCCCGUGGUGGCCGUGAGUCGCAAUCUGGAUCAUCAUCCGAUUAACAACGCCUCUCCUCGGUCGGAAUUGGCACCUCCUACCCAUUGGCCGCCUACCGGGGUACAUCAGCCCGAAGUGCACUCGCCAAUGCAAGAUUUGAGAAUCAGCUCCGCGAUUGCGCCCCCGGCUCUCUCUGCGUCUCUAGCGAGCCACACAACAACCUCGCGUGUAGAAACAGGACCGGCUGAUACGACAGGUUCCACCCAGUCGUACAGCGCUUCUAGUAGAAGUGUCGGCCCUAGUCCAGUUACUCCGAUCAAUGCCCUCAACGAAGGCUUUAAUCAUCUAGGCAAUGUAUAUAGCGACUCCAGGCAAAAACCAUUUUCACCAAACGCCGAGAUGACGCAGUCUGCGAGCCCGUCCCAACGAAGCGAAAAGGAGGAGUUUCAAGACAUCUUCUCUGAACUGAUGACGGGAACCGAGCAUGAAAUAGCGUUUCUCAUACGACAUUAUUCAGAAACCCUGGGACCUUGGCUGGAUCUCUCUGACUCAAACAAGUUCUUCGGAGCUUUUGUACCCAUCCGUGCCAUCAAUGAUUCGUUUCUCAGAUUUUCCAUUGCCGCUCUUUCCGCCAAGCAUCUUGGGCGCAUGAAAGGCGCGGCAUUGCACGUUGGUAGUGGGAUGUUUACUAGCCCCGCUACUAUGGAAACGUACCCCAAUUCGGCGCAGGUGGACUGGUUUCUCAAAGCUGCCAAUUACUAUUAUCUGGCGGCUUCUCAAAUGAACGCCAGCGUCUCAGAUGCUUACACCUCUGUGUCUAGCUCUGCUGUUUUGGAAUCGCCGGUCGAGAUCGUUCGUCGGUGGCUGAGCCUGCACACGAAGCACCCACGGUCCCAAGCCCUCGCAGAAGAGCACGCAGCUGGCGAGUUCUGGAAGAAGACAGAAAACCUGCUAGCAGCUGCUACGGUUCUGAUUCUUUACAAACUGCUGGAUGAAUCUGGAGAUAACUGGCAAUUGCAGCUUCGUGGCAUCGGACCAUUAUUCAACUCGUUGCUUGAACUACACCAUUCUACUUCUGCUCAUCCCACAUUUACCCAAGGCACUGUGGCAUCAUUUUGGAACCUGGCUCGGCAAGAUUAUCUGAGCUCGUACUAUACGCGAUUACCACCACAUUUCGACCACCAGAACAUCCCACUAUGGAGAGCCGCCGGCAUACCCAUCGACGACCAGGGGAAUGUUUCAUCUUCCAACUCCUCCAGUUUACGCUUCUCACCCGAAGACCUCUCGGCAAACAACCUCGUCUGGCUCUUGAAUAAAGUCAUUAACUUCCUCGCCGUGUCCAAGAAAUCUCAAGUGGAACAAUGGACCGGCCAGACGCCAAGCCCUUCUCCCCCGACCGCCACCACUUCCAUAACCCCAACAGCUACCCACCCCACGACAUCCACCUGGCUCAAACUCCAAUUCGAAUUCCAAGCCUGGCUCGAACGCAUGCCCGAGACCUUCCGCCCCUGCCUCCGGCUCCAACAUCCCAAGGACCUCUCCAAACUCCCCGACAUCCACCACAUGCCGUUCCCCGAGAUCUUCUACAGUCUGACCUCCUGCGCCGCGGCCAUGCAGCAGUACCAUUUCGGACGACUCGCGCUGGCCCUCAACCGUCCCUCCGACGCCGUCAGCGGCCCCAGUACCGCAUUCGAUCGGCUCCAGGGGUAUCGCGAGCUCACGAAGGAGGCCGAUUAUCGGUGCAAAGAGAUCUGUGGCAUCGCGUUGGGGAGGCCGCAGAGCGCGGCACGAGUUUAUAUGGUGCCGCUUCUUUAUGCUGUGGGGCAGUGUUUUGAGAGUCCUGAGGAGCGGGCUAUCGUGCGGGAUUUGAUGAGGGGCAUAGAGGCAGAUCUCGGUCUAGUGACGGCUGAGCAGGUGCGAAAGUUGCAGCAUGCGUGGUGUCAGACGUAGGUUGAGAAAAGAUUCUACGUUUGUUGGAGGGUGAAUGUACACUUCUGUUUGUUAUGUCCGUUGAUAUCGUAAUGAUCGUUAAAUACAUUGGAAUCCCGACGGGUUUGUCAGUGACACAUCGGAUGUGCCAGAACUGCUCCGGGUGUGAUUGACGGCAGUCGAUAGGCCAUACCGUGUACAUGAUACCGGAUCUAUGUCAGGCAUGAUAGAGUAUCAUCUCCCGGGUUUUGCCGGAGAACAUCGAGAACCAGACUCAUGUCCGCAGAUUCACCAGACAGGGCCGUCCCAGCAAUCCAGGUUCUGUAGAAAAUGCCGUACCGUAGCAUACCUUCCCCCUCAAACAUCGUCCUCAUCCGGAUCAUACAGAUCCAAAUCCAGCAUCGCCUUGGGCUUUGGCGGCGGCGCAGCCGUCCUCCCGGCACUGGUGGCCGCCGAACCCGCAUGAGCCGCCGCCAUGGCCGCCUCGUCAGCAUGCCGGGCGCCUUCCCCAGGC